GGGCUGCUGGCGGCCGCGGCCGCCGCCGACCCCUGCCCGGUGCGGGGCUUCAGCGAGGCGGCGGGCGCCAUCUGGAUCUACCCCACCAACCUGCCCGUGCGCCCGUACCAGGAGCGCAUGGCCGGCGCCGCGCUGCUGGCCAACACCCUGGUGUGCCUGCCCACGGGGCUGGGCAAGACUUUCGUGGCCGCCGUGGUCAUGUACAACUUCUACCGCUGGUUCCCCUCGGGGAAGGUGCUGUUCCUCGCCCCCACCAAGCCGCUGGUGGCUCAGCAGAUGGAGGCGUGCGGCCGCGUCAUGGGCAUCCCGUCCCGGGACAUGGCGGAGAUGACAGGAGGAACCCAUGCUCUGGACCGCCGGGAGCUCUGGAAUACCAAGAGAGUGUUUUUCCUCACACCUCAGAUCAUGGUCAAUGACCUGUCUCGUGGGACCUGUCCUGCUCUGGACAUCAAAUGUCUGGUUAUUGAUGAAGCCCACAAAGCCCUUGGCAAUCAUGCCUACUGCCAGGUUGUGAGGGAACUGAGCAAGUACACAAAUCAAUUCCGUGUCCUGGCCCUGAGUGCCACCCCAGGCAGUGACACCAAGGCUGUGCAACAAGUUAUCUCCAACUUGCUGAUUGCUCAGAUCGAGAUGUGUGCUGAAGAUUCUCCAGAAAUCCAGCCUUAUUCUCACGAGAGACAAGUGGAAAAAAUUAUAGUUCCACUUGGGGAAGAGCUGGUAGGAAUUCAGAACACUUACAUCAAGGUGCUGGAAGCAUUUGCUGGGCGCCUGAUUAAGGUGGGAGUUUUAUCCAGGAGGGAUAUUCCCAGCCUGACCAAGUACCAGCUCAUCCUGGCAAGGGAUCAGUACAGGAAGAACCCCUCUGCACAACAUGCAGGAAUCCACCAAGGCAUCAUAGAAGGAGACUUUGCCCUUUGCAUCAGCCUGUACCAUGGGUACGAGCUGCUGCUGCAGGUGGGGAUCCGCUCCUUGUUCAUCUACCUGUGGGGAAUCAUGGAUGGAUCCAAAGGCUUGUCCCGCACCAAGAACGAGCUGGGGCGCAACGAGGACUUCAUGAAGCUCUACCUGCAGCUGCAGGAGAUGUUGUCAGACACUGCUGUGGCUCCUGACAGUGGAGGUGUUUGCAAGAGCACAACAGCAUCGGGAAAGAAAAAGGAAUAUGUCUACAGCCAUCCAAAAUUAAAGAAAUUGGAGGAAAUUGUAGUAGAACACUUCAAAUCCUGGAAACAGAGAUGUUCUGCAGGUGAAGAGAAAGGUGGAAGCUCAGCUGAGGACACGAGGGUGAUGAUCUUCUCCUCGUUCCGGGACAGCGUGCAGGAGAUCGCCGAGCUGCUGGCGCGGCUGCGGCCGGCCGUGCGCGCCAUGAGCUUCGUGGGACACGCCUCGGGCAGGGCCAGCAGGGGCUUCAGCCACAGGGAGCAGCUGGAGGUGGUGAGGAGGUUCCGGGAGGGGGGAUACAACACCCUGGUGUCCACGUGCGUGGGCGAGGAGGGGCUGGACAUCGGCGAGGUGGAUCUGAUCGCGUGCCUGGACGCGCAGCGCAGCCCCGUGCGCCUGCUGCAGCGCAUGGGCCGCACCGGCCGCCGGCGGGGGAACAAUCAAUCAGCAGAUGAUUUAUCCAUUCACCUUCUCUUUCAGACCUACAACCAAAGCCAGUGUAACAAAAGGAGCAUCAACAAAGCCAUUUCAGGGAACAAAACCCUUCGUUUCUACCAGCACAGCCCACGGAUGGUUCCAGAAGGCAUCAACCCCAAAGUGCACAAAAUGUUUAUCACUGCCGAAAAGGAGGAGCCCCGGGUGCUUUCCAGAGGGAGGAGGUGCAGCUCCCUGCAGCACAAAUCUGCUCUCCCUGCCUGUGGCCCUGGCCAAAAACAAAUGAACUCCCAUGAGAGCUGGUCCUUGUCACCUGAGGAGUUUGAAAUAUGGGACAGACUCUACAGGAUUAAGGAAAGUGAUGGGAUAAAGGAGCCAGUAUUGCCUCGAGUUCAGUUUGAAACCUUAGAGAACCUGGAAGAAGCACCAUUUGCCCUGCAGAGGCCCCAGAGGGGGGCAGCCCGGGAGCUCUCCCUGUGCGAGUGGAGCCUGUGGCAGAACCAGCCCCUGCCCACAUCCCUGGUGGAGCACUCGGAUCGUUGUCACCUCUUCAUCGGUGCCAUGCAAAUGAUGGAGCUCAUGAGGCACCAGCAGGGAGACUGCAGCUAUGAGCAGGAGCUCCAGCCUCACCUACGGAUGGAAGAUGUGGAUGUUGCAGGCAGCAGAAGGCAUCCCUCCACCUCCCACCCCCCCGGCAAGCAGAGAGCUCCCUGCUCCAGGAGAGGCCUGGCAAACCCCGAGGCAAAACCACUCCCAGCUGCUCCGGGUGAUAACGAGAGCGAGUUCUUCAGCACCUUUAAAGUCACCAAAGCCAAGAGAGCUCCUGGGCCCGGGGAGGAAGUGCCUGUGGUGCCUCAGGACCCUCCAGCCUCUCCCUCAGCACCAAGGCUGGCUGUGGCUGGGCACUCUGACCUGGGCAGUGACAAGGACGAGGGGCUGGAGGUGACUUUUGACUUAAAUGCAUUUAUUGACCUGUGUGACAGCAGUGACAGCCCUGCCAGCCCAGCAGCACAGGAAACCAGCCCUGCAGGGGAAUCCUGGGGGAGGAUCCAUGGGGAUUCAGGCUAUGAGACAUCCCCCGUGGCCUCGGGGCUGUUUUAUCUCCCCGAAUCCUGCAGGGAUUCCCUCACACUCCUGGCACCGCCCCAGGAGCCCCCGGGGCUGCAACAAACGUUUUCCCAGGUGCAAAGGCUUCUGUCCCAGUCCCCUCCCUCUGAGGAUGAGCUGCAGGGUUUGGAGAGCAUGAUGAGAGAUGAAGGAACAAGAUCUCCUUCCCCAAAAGCUCUCCUCAAUGGUCACUCAGAGGCACUGCAGGACAGCGUCCCCCCCUCGUCCCCAAAACCUGAUCCUUCCCUGCUGCCCCUGGGAAACCCCAAAGGGACAGCUCCCAGGGAGUUGUGUGCCUCAAGGAGUUCCUGCUUGUCCAAAACUGAGUCAUCUCCCAAGGCUGCUGCUGUUGGAGAGGAGCAGCUCUGGAGUGACAGCUUUGAUGGCCUGUUUGACAGCCAGGAAUUCCCUGAAACCCCAAACAAGGCUCCCAGCUUGAGCCAUCCCCUGGCAAACAGCCCUUCAAAGGAGCCUUUCGUUCCCAAGGACACAGGAAGGACAACUUCAAGGACACUUGAAGCUCCUGGUGAGGAGCAGAGUGUCCAUUUGUUUGAGGAUGAGGCUGGUGAGGCCAUGGGCGAGGACAGCCCCAGGAGCACCGAGCCUCCAGCUGGGACAGGGAGAGAGGCAGGCAGGGAACGGCCCUGUAGGGAGCAGCCCUGCAGGGAGUCCAUGGCAGCACCAGCAGGGGAUGAUCCCUACGACUGCUCCCAGGAGCUGUUCUCUGUCACCUUCGACCUGGGCUUCUCCAUCGAGGCCAGUGGGGAUGAAAGCUCUGAGGAGAGCAGGAGUGCUGAUCACCCCACCCUGAACGGGGCCCUGGGCAGUGCCCCAGGGGCUGAAUCCACUGAGGAUGCAAAGAUGUUCCUGGGUGAUGGCUCCAGGCUGGAAACCUCGCCAGGAUGGGACUGGAGAAGGCUGGAGAGCAGGGCCAUGUCCACACCACUGUCACUGCAGAGCAGGGAAGGGACCAAGGGAGCUCCUGCUGCAGGGCCUGUCCUCAAUUCAGGGGGCAGCAGAAUGGGAAGGGACCCCCCUGAACCUUUGCCUUCAGCACUUCUCACCCCCACAAGCAGGAAGGGUGUGAACAUCAAAGCUGUCAAAAGAAUUCCUAUGAAAGUCUUCUCCAACGCCAGGGAGCAAAUUCCAGAGGUGUCUCCUGGAGGUGAAGUCAAAGCAAGCCCCUGGGGGCAGAACUUUGGGAGAUCAGCCAUGGAUUGCCCUUCAGGAAGCACAAAAGGCCUGGAAGACACCAAACCCCGUGGGUCUCCUGCUGCAGGACCCAGCAGUGACAGCGAGGAAGAGAUCGUUUUCCAGAAAAAAAACAGGAAAAAAAAGAAUGUUUUGAAGUCUCCUGAUGGGAUGGACGAGAGCGACCUGGAGUCCCCAGCCCGGCUCAGCAGGAAACGCCGGCGCCCCCUGAGCCUGUCAGACUCAUCCAGUGAGGACAGUGGGGAUUUCCAGGGGGGCAGGAGCAGCUCCAGGCCCAGAGCCAGGCCCCAGCCAGGAGGGGCCAAGCGCCAGCGGCUCAGGGACACGGGCACAGCCAAGGCUGCAGGCAGGCACUUCCUGGAGGAGGAGGCCGAGCUGUCCCAGCUGGAUGCCGAGGGGAUCUCGUCCGACGAGAGCGACACCGGGGAGGAGCUGAGCCCCUCCCUGGCCCAGUUCCUGGAUGAUGAGGGGGAGCCCACACAGGCCCUCAAUGACUCUGAGAUGAGGGCAGUGUACCUGAGCUCGGUGCGCAGCCCCGCCCUGGGCAGCAGGUGCAGGACGGUCCCGCGGGACUUCAGCCCCUCGGCCAUUUUCUCCCAGAUUCCCGAGCAAGACUCAGCUUAUGCUGAGGACAGUUUCUGUGUGGGGGAUGAGGAGGAGGAGGCCCAGAGUGGCUGCAGCGAGGAGGAGCCGUGUGUGAGCUUUGAUCUGCUCCCCGAGGGCUGCAGCAGCAGGGGCCGGUACCUGACCCGCCGCAGGAGGAGGCUGGAGCAGGCAGGGAACGGCCCUGCCCCGGGGCGCAGGAGGAAACCAUCCCGAGUUAUCGUCCUGAGCGACUCCAGCGAGGAGGAGCAGCCAGCAGCCCGCAGGGAGAAGCCCCUGGCAGCAGGGCAGGGCAAGGAGCAGCUCCCCAGGGCCCUGCCCUCGGCGCCCCCGGGCCGGCAGGGCAGCAGGGCUGGGGCGGGCGCAGCUCCUCAGCGCACGCACGGGCUGCUGCAUCUGCCCCAGGAGCGUGCAGGCAGGAGCACGGCCGUGCCCCCGGCUGCCUCUGGCUGCAGGAACACGGCUCUGCAGGCUGCUGCCGAGGUGUGCAGCUCUCUGAAGAAGACCCCCGGGAGCAGCUCAGGCUCGCUGUGUCCUGCUGUCCCAAACCCUUCCUCAGCCCCAGCUGGGAUUUCCCGAAAUCCUGGAGAGCAGAGCCCCUCCUUAGCUGGGAUUUCCCGAAAUCCUGGAGAGCAGAGCCCCUCCCUGGCUGGGAUUUCCCGAGUUCCUGGAGAGCAGAGCCCCUCCCUGGCUGGGAUUUCCCGAGUUCCUGGAGAGCAGAGCCCCUCCCUGGCUGGGAUUUCCCGAGUUCCUGGAGAGCAGAGCCCCUCCUUAGCUGGGAUUUCCCGGGUUCCCGAGGAUCACAGCCCCUCCCUGGCUGGGAUUUCCCGGGUUCCCGGGGAUCACAGCCCCUCCCUGUGCAUCCUGGCCGACAGCCGGGAGAUCAGCUCGGGCCCGGAGGUGAUCUCCAGCCUGCGGGCCGUGCACGGGCUCCGGGUGCAGGUUUGCUCCCUGGGCAGCAGCGAUUACAUCGUCAGCAACCGCCUGGCCGUGGACAGGCUGCUGCAGUCCGAGCUGCAGAGCCCCGGCAGCAGGAGCAAACUCAGCCAGAGGCUGCAGUGCCUGCAGGGCGCCUUCCAGAGGGUCUGUGUCAUCGUGGAGACUGACAGGGUCAGGCCAGGAGAAACAUCCCGCUUUUUCCAGAGGACUCAGUACUACGAUGGGGUGCUCUCAGCCUUGGUCCAGGCUGGGAUAAAGAUCCUCUUCAGCUCCUGCCAGCAGGAGAGUGCAGCUCUGCUGAAGGAGCUGGCUCUGCUGGAGCACAGGAAGGACGCUGCCAUCCAGGUGCCCACGGAGCCGGAGGGGCACCGGCGGGAGCUCCUCAACUUCUACCUGAGCAUUCCCAACCUCAGCUACGCAGCUGCCCUCAACCUCUGCCACUCCUUCAGCUCCAUCACAGCUGUGGCCAACAGGUCGCUGCCGUCGCUGGCGGCGGGGGCGCGGCUCAGCCGGCCUCAGGCCGAGGAGCUCCGGCGGUUCCUGCGGCACCACUUCGACCUCCAGCUGCUGCCUCAGGCCGUGCCCGCCAAGGGCAAGAGCUGAGCUCGGCACUGCGGGGCCUGCACUGCACUUUACCCGCUCGGGAUCGGAUGUAAAUUAUGGAAAUAAACAUAGAAACAUAUAAAUAUGUCAAACCUGGGGCCGCGGGAGCUGCGCUGCCCCGUGUGUCCGCAGGGUCCCCGGGCCGGGGAGGUCAUCCCCAAUUGCUGUAAAAGCCACAAUAAUGGCUCGAGUACAGCGGCAGAGCUUUGGGGAGUGAUGGCGAGGACCGAUGGCAGCACUGACCGCCCCCUGUUUGCAGGUUCAAAGGCGUGGCCGGGUGUUCCGUGCUCCCGGAGAGGGAGGGGUUCUGGGGUUCAGGCGGUCCCGGGGCAGCGCCUUCCCCGCUCCUCGGUGCCUCUGCCCGGCUCAGGUGCCGGAGCUUUCCCCAGCCCCUGCUGCCCCCAGCUGGAACAGCAUCGGCAUCGGCGCCCCUUGGGCAGCAGCGCUGCCCGGGGAGAGGCUGCGACCGGGAGAAAUCACUCCUGGAACAGGGAGAAAUCCUGGGACAGGGAGAAAUCAAUCCUGGAACAGGAGCUGUCCUGGCAGCUGGGGGCAGCCACCCUCACCUGCCCUGCUCAGGUGAGACCUCACCUGCAGAGAGUCCAGAGGA